AUGCUCGUGUGCACCGACUUUCGGUUCCCCCCGCCUGGCGGUUCCUUUUCGCUCAACGGGGACGGCGGCAACAGUAGUACCGCGGCGACGGGUACGGCAGCAACGAAAAGGACCGAAAGCGGCGGCGGUGGCGGCAGUGUGAGGCCUCGCUUGGACUCGGAUGGUUCGGUCGUCUCUUUGUCCGCUCAUCCGGCUUCUUCGUCUCGAGGCGGCGGCAGCGGUGACCGUUUCAACAACAGCGAGGCGUUUUCGGCCUCCGCUUUUUUCCCGGUGGCGGCCGACGGCGGCGGCGGCGGCGGAGAUGGGGGGCCCCGUGUAGAAGUGGGAAGGAGGGGGGGGGGCUCCGUGGUGGCCGCUGCUGGGGGGGGUGAGGAAACGAUGGUGGCGGCGGACGAGAGGGUGAGGAGGGAAGAGAGGGAGGCAGUGGACCGCCACUACGCGAGGCGGAAGCGGAGGCACAGGAAGCCGCCGCCGCCGCCGCCCCCGCCGAAGCGCAGGAGGGCGCCGGAGCCGGUGCAGAUGUCGAAAAGAGGGCGAAGGCUGACCAAGACGAUGAAGAAGAUCGAGCACCACCACGAGUCGUCAGAGGAGGAGGAGCUAGUCCUCAGCAAGGCCAAGGCCGACGAUGAGGAAUCUGACCCAGAAGACUUUCCGCCGGGAGCUCCCGAGGGUCGAUACGCCGACUUCAUCAAGCUUGACGUCGGCAUGCCUGGUCGGGGUCCCCCCCAAGAUGUCCUUCGUCGCGUGGAAAAACUGGAUCGGGAGAUGGGGCUAGGGGCGGAGCUCCGGAGGUGCACCCAUCCAGAUUUCAUCACCCAAGUCGUGGCAGGCAGCGACCCGGAGCGCGUGGGCAGGGAGAGUGUGGAGAGAAGUGCCCCUUGGUUGAAGGAGACGCCGAGGCUGCGAUGGCUCGCGAGAGCGCUCCGUGACAGCGUUGCCGAGCGCGUCUGGGCACCGCCGCCGCCGCCCGCGGCGGUUGUGGGAGCCGUGGACGGCGGCGACUCCAGCGGCGGUGGCCGCGGGAGCGGCGGCGUGGAAGCGAUGAAGCUGCUGCUGGAAGACCUGGCGCACUCGUACCAGGGUCGGAGAGAGUCCGCUCGCCGAGCGCUGCAGAGCGUGCUGGCGUCCUCACCCCCAGCGGUGGCGGCGGCGGCGGGUGGCAGUGGGCGCGUGGCGUGGACCCCUGUCAGGGGGCGCCGCGGAGGGGAAGGGGAGGGCGGGGAGGAGCGGGUCGUCGUGCUGCAGGAGGAGGCCGACCGGGAGCAGUGCGGGUGGCUAUUCUGCUGCCAAAGUCUUCCGGCGUGGACUCACGUGGCACCGCUGGUUGUGCACGCGGUACGCGAUUCGGUCUUCUACGAGACCUCCGCCGACCCGAUCCGCUUCUCCCUUCUCGGGCUCGACCUUAUCACGCGGCAACAAGCGCCACCACCGCCAAGGGCGCCACCGGCGUUAGACGAGGAGGAGGGGGGGGCGGGGAACGGCGACGAAGAGGACGGGGCAGGGGGGAGCGGUGGUGGUGUUUCUCGGCGGGGGGUUGCCGGCCAGGACCGGUGGUUCUUCACGUUCCUGCUCUGCAAGCUGCUGAGCGGGCGCAAGAUGGUAGCCUCUAACACCCUGCAGAGGUACCCGGAGACGUUCGACCUGGCCGCCAGCGCGGUGAACGGAGCUCUCAGGGGCGCGACCGUGGAAGGCCUGAACUUGUUCGCGGAGGGUAGCGUGUGGCCCGACAAGCCUCGGACCCGGUUUCCGUGCGUGGAGGCGUCUACGGGGGAAGUGAAGACCGUGCUGCUGCCGCCCCUCCUCCUCGAGACGGCCAUCGCCCUGCUGAGCUUCCACCGGGCCGACGCUAACCUUACGCCAGAGCUGCGGGAGCUCCAAGAACUAAUGUUCCCUUCGGAGCACCCGGCGGCGACGCCGCUUUCAUCAUCCUCGUCGCCGUCGGCGGCGGCGGCGGCGUCAACCGGCACGGAACCUGCCGCAUCUGCGGAGGCGGCCGCGGCCCUGGUAGGGGCGGGGGCGGCGAAGAUGGACGGGCUGGUGAGGGACGCCGUCGGCGUGAAGCUCUGGGUGCGACUCGCGCAGGCGCCCUCCCAGCAGAUGUCUGCCCUCGCUGCCCGAGUGCGGGCCUACCUUUGCUCGCACGAAGGAAUCAGUGACCAACAAGGGGGCGGCGCGGGCACUGAUGGCGGCGGCGAUGGCGGUGAUGGUGCUGGCAAGAAGGGCGACGGCCUGUUCGUGGCGUGGCUCGCCGAUUCGCCCAGGCAGGCGGGCGGCGGGGGCGAGCGCGGGACGAAAAAAGCGGCGGCCCAAGCGGCGGCGCAAGAAGAACGGGAGCGCAAGAUGGAGGGUCUGUUCCUUCUUGCGGAGCCCCCGCCACCGACACGCGCUCGAACGAGACGCGCACCACGGCCGUCGGGAGCGAGGGAGGAGGCCGGAGGUCGGCGCGCGAAGAGCGACCAGAAGAGCAACAAGGACAGCGGCGGUGGCGAGUCGAUGGAAGUCGAUGACGACGAAGCUGCCGGUGGGGCUUCCUCUGGCAGGAGCAGGAGCAGGAGCAGCAGCCGCAGUCCCAUGAACGUGGACGAGGGCGUCGGUGGAGUUGGGAGACGGUCUGGAGGGGGAGGGACUGGUGCCCGAAGGGGAUCGCUGUCCGACGAGAUUCGUCGUCGAGUCUUCGAGUUCCUUGACCGCGAAGAAGCAGCUUCGUCCGCCGCUGAUGACGGCAACAAGAACGAUUCGGUAACCGGGACGGGUCCGAAGACCGGCGACAGCGGCAGCGGUAACAACAAGGAUGAGGUCGAGGCAAAGCUGGGGGGGGAAAGCGGUCGGCGGCGCUCUGCGAGGCGGCGGCGGCGGCGGCAGCGGCUGCCGUUUUCCCCCCGCCUCUCUUCCAACGGUAGCGGCAACGGCGGGUUCGAGAGUGGGCCAGGGCCGGAGCCCGGUGACCCCGCAAAGCCGGUGCCGUCGGCGACCGUAAAGGGGGAGGAGGAGAAGGCGGCGACGGCGAAAAAAAAAAAGGCGGUGGCCGGCGGCAGGGGGCUGUUGGCGGCGAGGUGCGCGGAGGCGGCGGAAACGGUCUCCAGAGUGGAAGACGUGUUUCGCCGAGCGAAGGCCGCGGCGCUGGAAGCGCUCCUCCGCAGCAGCUGCCCCCCCGGCCUAUCGGCAGCGACAACAACAACAACAACAACAACAACAACAACAACGGUGUCUCACGCGACAGCCCGCGAAUCCGAACAGAAGCCUUCGGCAAAAGCAAAGGCUAGCAGCAGCAGCAGGGGCGUGAAGGAGAGCGCCAAGUCUACCGUAUCGCACGCCGCGUACACUCCGCACCGCGCUCAGCAGGCGAUCGUCGAUUUCUUGCUGUCCGAUCCUGACGAUGAGGCGUUGCUGGAAGGGAUUCUGUUGCCGGUCCUGUUCCCCUCAUCCUCAUCCUCCGCUGCUCCGGGAGAGGGAUACCGCGACGCCUGCUCGUCCUACUGGCACACCCUGCUCCUCGACGCCGCCAUCGGCACGUGCACCCCCGCCACCGCCGAGCGGUGCUUGCACCUGGCGUUGAGAUCCGCUGGUAACGACGAGCCCGUUAGCGAUGACGGUGACGGCGGCAGUGGUGGUGGUCUCCUGCGGUGGGGUUCGUGGGGUGCGGACGAGGAGGGGGAGGAUCUGCUUGUAGCUCCGACCGCGGCGGUUGUGCUGAGGGGGCUGUGCCGGCUCGCGAGAGUUGCUAUCAGAGCUCCGCAAGUCGGGGAGGUGGGCGGCGCAGACAGCUUGGAGGCGUGGGCGCGGCCGUACUACCACCAGCGGGACGCGGAGGGGUCCCCGCGGGCCGGACUCGGCAGCAGCCUCGCGGGAGGGGGUGGGGGGCUCGCAGGCGGGAACAAGUGGUCGCCAGGUUCUGCUAGCCUCUGGACGGCGUUUUCUUCGUUGGAGAUUCGAGGCCUGGUUCGCCUGAUCUUCUUGGCGCUGCCGGGGGUUCCUCUUCCCUCGACUGCUACAGCCGCCAUGAGGAAGAAAGGGGCAGGAGGGAGCGGCAACGGACAUGGGGAAACGGGAGGCAAGGUUCCGGGUGGGAAAGAAGCGAGGGAAGGUAGUGAUGACCAGGAGGCGGCAGCAGCGGCGGCUGUCGUCCCGCGAGAAUGGGCGCACCUGCUGCUCGCAGCGUGCAUCAGCGGCGGCGUUAAGUCCGGCGGCCUUGCUGUGGCCGUGGACGCCCUGACGAAGAUUGCUUUGCGUGAGGAGGAGGAAGAGGAAGAGGACGAGGAAGAGGAAGAAGGGCAAGCACAGGCAGGCGUUCGCAUCAAGGAGGAGGAGGACGGGGCUUUGGUUCCGCCGACCGGCGACGCGAAGACCGGCGGCCCUCCCUCCGAAGGGAGAAGAAGAGUGUACGAAAGGGAGGAGGUAGAGGAGGUGGAGGUGGAGGAGGAGGAGGAAGAAGAAGAAGGAGGAAACGACGGUGCCCCCGAAACCGACGACGAAGAUAACGCAGACGACGACGACGACGACGAGAAGGACGACGAUGAUGGCGCCGAAGACGACGAUGACGACGAGGAUGAUGAUAGUACUGUCGACAAAACUGCCAAGGACACAGAGAAGGAUAAGAAGAAGGCGAAGGCGAAAGAAGAAUCGACCGCCUCUAGCGCCACCGCCGAGGCUUGUGCUGCCGCGACCGUCAAGACCGAGGAAAUGGAGGGGGGCACCGCGGUGGUCGACCAGGGGAGGGAUGUCGCGCGUGAACGGCGGCGCGUUGCCCGGGCGGCCGCCGAGUACCUGCUGUACCAGCUGUGCAUGGCCGCGCCGUCAGAGUUCGCCGAAACCGUCGGUCCGGAAAUGGAGAGACGCAUGCUGCCGAUGCUCGCGGAGCAGUUUGUCAUCCGCGGGGCACCCAUCCCGUCGGAGGCCGGCUCUCGAGGCGCGGGCUUGCGGCUGGUGGCGGCGGCCAACGCCCUGGCGGGGUCGGGGCUUAUCGUCGGCGAGAAGGGCGCCGGGCGGAAGAGGGCGGCGGCCAGCGCGGGGGGGCACGCGGCGGUGCUCGCGGACGUUGCGCGGCGCAUGCCGCUCGUGUUCUUGGAGCAGGUGCUCGCCCUGACCGAGCUCCUUCUCAACGAUGCCGAGGUCGAACGAUCCGCGGCCGCGGCAGAGUGGUCCUCCUUUCAGGCCGAAGAGGCGGGGAUCGGGGGGGGGGCAGGGGGGACAGCGAGCAACGUCGGUGGUGGCGGUGCUAACGACGGUGGUGGUGGUGGUGCUGCUGCUACUGCUGCUGCGGCUGCGGCUGCGCCGCUGUUUCGGUCGAGGAGGAUCGCCCCCGGCCGGCUUUGUCCGGCGCCCGCGCUGCUGGGGAGCACGAUUGUGGACACCGACGGGCGCGCCGUCGGGGGGAAGGGGGCUGCUGUGCUGGUCCACAUCCGUCUGUGGGGGCAGUAUUUCACCGAAGCGGUGUGGGCAGGAGUCUUGGGAGCGUUGCGGGCGGCUCCGGCCCUGCUUGUAGGCGGGGCCGCAGGGCAAGCGGCGGGAGUUCCGAAGUUGCUGGAGGCGUAUGUCAAUCUUGUCGCGGUGCAGCUGAUGGUGGACAACGGCCCCGAGGUCGCGCAGCUGGCCGUGAACCUGCGAGAGCUGCUGGAAGGUCUCGGGGAGAUGGGCGUGGCCGUGCUGGAGGCGCCGCCGCCCGCGGGGGGCGGGCCGUGGACGACUUCAGGGGCAAUGCUCGUGUCCGUGCCGCCGCCGGCGGCGGCUAACGCGUGA